GUUUUAUUAGUAACACCUGUGAUUAUGUUAGCAGACGAAAAAAAAAACACGUCAUUAUUUAUGUUGCUAUUGUGAACAAAAAUUUCUGUUUAUAUAUUGCAGCAUAAACAUGAUGGAAGAAGGGAACCAAGGAAACACAAGCAUUCCAGCCAGUUCAUUCACAGCAUCACCACAGAAAAGAGUUUUCAAAAUUAUUGUAGUAGGAAACUCUGCAGUUGGGAAAACAUGUUUAACUUACAGAUUUUGUGAAGGACGAUUUCCAGGGAGAACAGAAGCAACCAUAGGAGUGGAUUUCAGGGAGAAGGUGCUCACUGUUGAUGGAGAACAAUUGAAAUUGCAGCUAUGGGACACAGCUGGGCAAGAAAGAUUUCGACGAUCAAUGGUACAUCACUACUACAGGAAUGUGAAUGCUGUAGUUUUUGUUUAUGAUGUAACCAAUGCAAAUUCAUUUGAGUCUUUAUCAUUAUGGAUUGAGGAGUGCAAUGAUCAUCAACUAACUACAAAAAUUCCAAGAAUUCUUGUUGGAAAUAAAUGUGAUUGCAGAGAGACGCAAGUAGUUAACACUAACAGAGCUCAGAUGUUUGCCGACAUGCACAAUAUGCCCCUUUUCGAAACUUCCGCAAAAGACGAUAGCCAAGCGAACCAUGUCGAAUCCAUUUUUAUGACAUUGGCUCACAAAUUAAAAAAUUCUAGACCAAUGAUGCCAGUUCACAUGUCCCAGUGGCAAAAGGACAAUGACGCAGACAAUAUCCCUUUCGGCGAAGAAAUCUCAAAUGUUCGUUUACGAACUGGUUUGAUUUGUCAACCAACGACAAGCAACGAUUCUUGUUUCGGUUGUUGACUAAUUGACUUAAAAAUUUGCCGACCAAUAUUUUUGAAAUCGAGCAAUGAUUUCCCUUCAUGUGAUAAAAUACAAUAUAUAUAAUAGGCUAUCUAAAUUGUGAAGUAAAUGUUGUACUAAACGCUCAUAAAAUACACGAUAACAUUCAAUGUUUGAA